GCAGCAGGAGUGGAGCGCAGGAGGACGCGCGCGCGCAGGUGGGGAGUCAUGCGGGCUGAUGAGCAGAGGCAGCGGCGCCGCUGACAGCACAGUCAGUGCCGAGCCGCCCAGGAAGCAGCAGCAGCAGCAGCAGCAGCACCAUCGGCAGCAGAAGAUGCUGCUGUCGUCUCGAGCCGCUCCUCAGCCGCUCCGGAGCGCCCUCGGCCAUGCUGUCUCAGCCUGCGUCCGCCGGUGAAGAGCGCUCGCUGGAUUUAUGACUUGAGAAACUCCGGCGGAAGUGAGCGGACGGGGAAAGCGGCGGUUCGGGAGAUGAGUGUGGCCGGGAAACAGCAACCCGAGGUGAUCGAGCGACCCGCCAGCCUUCCGGUUCCAACUUCGACAAAAUCUGGGAUUGCUUUGCUGUACAAUGAGGACACCAACAAUACCUACGACGUCUGCCUGAAGCUGACCAAAGACGCAUUGACCAUACAGAAGCUGGACGUGAUUUGUACCAGUGGAACCGAAUCCCAAGUAAAUCACAGAACUGUUGUACUGCGAAGACAAGCAACUGGCGGACUCGGCUUAAGCAUCAAAGGAGGUGCAGAGCACAACGUUCCGGUGGUUAUUUCCAAGAUCUUUAAGGAUCAAGUUGCCGACCAGACUGGAAAGCUUUUUGUCGGAGACGCCGUCCUGCAGGUCAAUGGCAUAAAUGUGGAAAGCUGCACACAUGAGGAAGUUGUUCACCUUCUGCGUACUGCAGGGGAUGAGGUCACCAUCACUGUGCGCUACCUGCGAGAAGUCCCAUCAUUUCUGAAACUGCCUCUGGGUUCUCCGGGGCUGGAUCACAGUCGAGGAUCCUCUCCGCUCUUUGACAGCGGUCUACAUUUGAAUGGAAAUGAAACCAACGCUGCUCCAUCACCUCCUUCGCCCUCAGCUAAUGAACCAAAGUAUGAGAAACGCUGGCUGGAUGCUGUCUGCAUGCCCCUGUUGAUGGCCAGAGUCUCCAGGUACAAAGCUGGCACAGAUAAAUUAAGGUCCAACUGUUUCCAAGUGUUUGCCUCAGGUGGAACCUGCACCAAUAUUCUCCAAUUUUGCACUGCAGCAGAAAGCACAGACUGGCUCCAAGCAAUAUCGGCUAAUAUCAAUGGUCUGACGCAGGAGAACAUAAAGAUCAUCAACAAACACAGCCCAGCAGAAAAUCAGAUUGUUCACAUGGGCUGGGCUUGUGAAAGCCUGGAAGACAGCACCGUCGGUCGAUCGUCUACGUUCAAGUUUCUGGCGCUGAGGGGACCCUAUUUUUUUAUCUUCAAAAAGCCACCGAUCAGUUCUGCAGACUGGGGAAAACCGGAAACGACUUAUAACCUCUAUGAGGUUCUUUUCAAGGUUCACAAGCUGUGGAUGGCAGAGGACUGCUGGCUGCAGGCGCGGCUCUACUUGGGGCUGGAACAUUCGCCCGAGCAGCAGGACAACGAGCCUCUGUGCUUCAGCAUCCUGGUGGGUCAUGGCCAGAGCCACACCUUCAGGGUAGAGCUGGCCUCGGACCUCGCCAUCUGGGAGAAGUCCUUCCAGAGAGCAGUGUUUUUUGAAGUGCAGCGAAUACAGUCCAAAAGCUACAUGUGCAGCAGCCAGGGGACUGUGCUGUGCUUCACCAUAGAUUUCGGGUCAGGCUUCACCUGCUCAGAAGCCUCGUCAUCGAGCAUCCUGUGGCGAUACAAGUUCUCUCAACUAAAAGGCUCCUCUGAUGAUGGGAAAACCAGAGUAAAGCUUCUGUUCAAGAAUGCUGAAAGCAAACAAAUAGAAAUGAAGGAACUGGAGUUUGCAAACCUGACAGCCGUCCUCCACUGCAUCCAUUCUUUUAUUGCUGCCAAAGUGGCCUCAAUGGACCCUCUGUUUGUGUGCAGUCAAAGCUUUUCUGGAAACUGUAUGAACAGCUAAGAAGACCUGUCCUUGCCCUGAGAUGUACUGGAGAAAAAGAACAUUUUGCUGUAUUUAUGCACAAACCUGAUAUGUAUUUCUUGUCCUCGCUAUUUUUCUAUCAACAGCAGAAUUUGUUAACGCCUGUAUAUGUAAGUAUAUUCCAUUAAAGCAAAAGGGUUUUAUUUCAACUUUGGCACAAAGGUCACUAUGAAGAUUCCUAGUUUUACUGUACUGUUCAAAAAUAUUUAUUUGUUUACUUUCAUUGAUUUUCUCUUAAAAUAAUCCAGUAUGGUGUUUAAAUGUCAAACCUUUAAUGUGAUGAAAUAAUUAAAAAAUCAUUUUUCUACUAUUUGAUUCUAGUAAAAAUAUUUUAACUAACAAACUACCCAGUCCCUCUUAUCAGAACAGAGCUCAAAUUUUACAAAUGAUCGCAUUUUGUUUCCUUCCAACUUACCUUUGUACAUUAAAAACAUGAAGUUCA